AUGAAGAAAGUAACAGCAUCCCUGGAUGUCAUGGGUAAUCAUAUCAUGAACCGUUUACAUCUUGCCGCUGUCUUGGUCAUUCUGUCAAAUUCAACAAUGGCUGAGAAUGCCACGUCCCUUUAUAACACGAGCCUUGCUGACCACCAAACGGCUACUUCGCUGUCUCAUGAUCCUUUCUUCUAUGAUGAAGCAAUGUUAACUAGAGCUUCGGACAUCAGAGAAACUACCACCAUCGCAGACAUCAAGGUCGAGCAGAUUUGGGUGUGGUCCACUCUGGAAUGGCCCUGGUGGACGAUUCUCCAGCUGGUGUCGGCGAUCGUUGGCCUCGUCGGUAACUUACUCGUCAUCAUCGUCACGUUUCAACGUCGGUCAACGAGUCGACCAACGGAUAUCUUGAUCAGUAAUUUAGCUAUUGCCGACUUUUUGACCUCGCUGCUUCUGAUCCCACGACCCCAAGCGACCCGUGUGCCAGAUACAAGCCUUGGUAACUUUUACUGUAAGCUGAUAUGGUCUGCUUUCUUUAGAUGGACUGCUGUGAGUGCGUCCAUCUAUAUCCUGAUGACCAUCUCAUUCGAAAGAUUUUUUGCUGUAGUCUAUCCGCUUCGAUUUAACCGUAUUAUCAACCGCCGUCUCGUCUCGUACAUCGUAAUCUGUGUAUGGCUUCUUGCCGUGCUCAUUCCUCUCUCUGGUUUCGUCAUGUUUCGUGUCGAUCUCGUUAGCCAGCGAUGUGUUCUCAAGUUCCCUACAAACGAGGGUCAGGUUGUCUUCGGAUGUUUCGUGUUUGCCACUCGUCUUGCUAUUCCUGCACUUACCAUGCUCAUCACUCAAAUGCUCAUUGCUCGGGAGCUUCAGAAGCAAUCCUUACGCUUCAAAUCUAACAAAGGCGACUCUCGGAGCAACGUAUCGUUCCAUAUCGUCGCUCGGGAUCGUGUCAUCAAGCUGAUGGCCAUCGUCAUCGCCAUCUACAUCGUGACUUGGGGGCCGAGCCAAACCGCCUUCUUUGGUCUCAACGUCGGCCUCGUCUCCUCGUCCUACUUCUUGAGUCCGUUCUAUCGCAUCCUCGGUGUACUGGCUUUCUACAACUCCUGUGCUAACCCAAUCAUCUAUGCGGCCAGGUUCCCACAGUUUCGUCUUGCUGUGAUGGGGUUGUUUGUCAGAAAUACUCAAGGAAGGUCAUCCAUCUUUGAGCAGGAUACAGGAAGCAAAGAUCCCAAACCUGGGAGAGCACACACCGAGACAUCAUCAAACACCCAAUUAUCCAACAUCACCCAGUCAACUAGUGAAUCUGGAGAUAUAGCUUAA